AUGGCACUGGUUCCAAGUGUUGAGAAGAAGCCUGCAACGUAUGACGAGUUCCAAACCACGCUGGAACCAAAGUACCUGGAUCAGGCUCGCAUAGAACUCAACGAAGAGGAUUACCGCAGAGAACCCGCGAUAGCUCGGAUGCGCGAGUUCAUCGCAAAGCAUCCUCGAAUCCAGCGAUGUCGCACGGAUGCCAUCUUCCUGUUGAGGUUCCUUCGAUACAAAAAGUUCAACGUGGAUCUCGACAAUCCAAUGAUCGAGCGAUGCACGUGUGUCCCACUUGGACAGAAUAGUGAUGGAAGCUUGGUGUGUCUGAUUCGAUUGGGUUCUUUUGAUCCGGACACGUUCGAACCGGAACAGAUAGUGCGUUUGUGCACUCUUACAGUGGACAUGUACGCGUACGAAGAAGUUUAUCAAGUGACCGGAUUUACGGUUGUGGUUGACCUUCACGGAAUGACGAUGGGUCACGUUGGGGCUAUGACGCUGACCAAAAUUAAAAUAAUGACGAAUGCUAUGAACAAUAUAUUGGGAGCGCGAAUUAAAAGGAUACACCUGAUUCAGCUACCCAAGAUUGCCGGCACGGUAGUUACAAUUUUUUCCAAGGCACUGUCGUCCAAGCUGCAGCGAAGGAUUAAGAUAAGCAAACAAUCGUACUAA